UGUGUGUGUGUGACACGUAACAUAAACAUAUGAUACAGUAGGUCGAGCAGGAACCACCUCUUUAUAUUCAUUACUUACUAACGUUAUUCGCCUAGACAGACGUAUUUAAUUAAAUUAUGUCUAAAUACUGUGCAAUGAAGCAAGUUUUACAAUGGAUGAGGAAGUAUCAGUUCUUUACCAGGCUUCCAGUGGUGGUAUCCGCAGAGACCAAAUUGAGGUGGCUUUGUCCAGAGAAUUUAACCGUAAAAUUCACUCCUUCCAUGAACCUGGAAUUGAUGUACUAUGGCAAGAAAAGCUGAAAGAAAAUCCACGACUUUUUAAUGGAUCAAAGUUCCGACUACAUUCUAUUCAAGAGAAAAAGAGUAAAAAUGUAUACAUUGAGCUUGGGGUGACUGGGUACAAAGAUUUUUUAGGUACAAACUGGUCAAAAAAUGCAAAAGAAAUGUUACGUCUAGGAGAGGAAGAGCAUGGUAACAAACAAGCUUACAUGUCUGAUGCGCUAGGAGUUGGUGCCUUUCUUCAAACCAAAGAUGGCUUUGUGGUUUUCAUUAGGAGAAGUCAACAUGUAGGAGAAGCUCAGGGAUUGUGGGACAUACCUGGAGGUCAUCCGGAACCAGAGGAGUUAGUAGGAAAAGUUAACAACCCAGCAGACAUCUGCAUAAAUGAUCUAAACCCCGCAUUAGUUGUAAAUGAAAUUUUUGACUCAACGCUUCGCGAGAUCAGGGAUGAAGUGAAUGUUCCGUUAUCCUCGCUUUCAGAACCGAUCUUCCUUGGGGUGUCAUUGAACCACACCAGUGCCUUCAGACCAAGUGCAGACUUCUUAGUGAGAUGCUCCCUCUCAUCACAAGAGGUCAAACACCUGUAUGAUUCAGGGGGUGUUGAGGCAGAAGAGUCAACAUCUAUCAAGUUUGUCCUUAUUCAGGAUGUCAAGAAAUUACCAGAAUCUGAGCUUUGGCAUGAAAUGGCGCCCUCUGGCAAAGGUUGCAUAGUUGUUUACAACCAAGCAUCAUUGUAAGAAAAAUGCUAACAAUUUAAUGAUCAAUCUUCAUACCUGUAUAUUUGUAUUAUAUGCCUGAACUUAGUACAUUUAUUCUCCAUCUUUUUAAAAAUGGCUUUCCAAGACUCAUGGACAUUGACAUUAUGUUUAUAGCCGUCAUUGAAUUGACAUAAUUUACACAUUUGAUUCUGUAAUAUUCUAAUUAUUUAAAUUAAAAUGUGAUGAUGAAUUGAUUAAUCAGUCAAUCAUUUUACUUUACAUACUAGUAUAUCUAUUUUUAUAUAUAUUUUUUUGUUUUUGCAUAAGUAUUAGUAAUUUUCCUAAUGAGGCUGACCAAUGUAGCUACCAUAAAGUAUUGUAAUACCUGUAAGAAAAUCAACAAAGAAAGUUAGAUUACGUAUUUAACGGUUCAUUGUUUUUUUAAAAACAUUUUAGUUGUGCAAGUUACAGCGUACUGUAGUUUUCUUUUCUCGCUAUAGAGGGCGCUACAGUUGGUAUACUGUCUGUGGCUCUGAGUAUUACAGGGCGCACUGUCUACGGCUUUGAAUAUAAUAUAUUAAUAUUAUUAAUAUCAACGAAGCUGAUCAUAAUGUUGUCUUAGAGACUGCUGUAGAUACUUCAAAUUACCAAGAUUAGCUCGAGGCUUGUCGAGAGGCAGGUUUUUUGAGGGGCUGGGGGACAUUUAGAGAAGGAGGGUAGCACAAAAUGUCAUUUAUUUGCAUGAGUAUUAUUUGUUAAUAAACUAUCGAAAAAGAUUAUUAUAUUUCAAGAUAUAUAUUUUGGGUGUGAAUUGUCACUUGCAAUUUUAAUAAAAAAUUAAACAUGA